AUGGCUCAAGACGUCGGUAUAAAAGCUAUCGAGAUCUACUUUCCUAGCCGCUAUGUGGCACAAUCAGAGCUGGAGACCUACUUGGGCGCCAGUUCCGGAAAAUACACCAUUGGGCUCGGCCAAACGAAGAUGAGUUUCUGUGAUGACCGUGAAGAUACCUACUCUCUGGCAUUGACAACUGUCUCUUCCCUGCUACGAAAGUACUCAAUUGACCCCAACACUAUCGGGCGUCUUGAAGUAGGGACAGAGACUAUGCUUGACAAGUCAAAGUCUUGCAAGUCUGUCCUUAUGCAGCUGUUCGGAGAGAACUCCGAUAUUGAGGGGGUGGACACCUACAAUGCUUGCUAUGGUGGAACAAAUGCUCUCUUCAAUGCUAUCAACUGGGUGGAGUCAUCUGCCUGGGACGGUCGAGAUGCAAUUGUCGUGGCGGCGGAUAUUGCCCUAUACGACAAGCUCGCUGCACGCCCCACUGGAGGCGCCGGCUGUGUUGCUAUGCUAAUUGGACCAAAUGCCCCUCUGGUCUUUGAGCCAACCCGUGGCUCCUUCAUGCAACAUGUUUACGACUUUUACAAAGCGGACUUCAAGUCUGAGUAUCCAAUUGUGGAUGGUCAGUUCUCAAACAAAUGCUACCUCAAGGCGCUGGAUAACUGCUAUAAGCGUUACCAAGCGAAGAAGGCUGCUCGAUUGGUCAAUGGCGUGACGGGAAAUAUCCCACUCGAUUCAUUCGAUUACUUAGCCUUCCACACCCCUAACUGCAAAUUGGUGGCCAAGUCGUAUGCACGACUGCUAUACAAUGACUACUUGGCAGAUCCAAAAAAUCCGGUCUUCAAAGACAUACCUGCCGAGGUCAAAGAGAUCGACUAUGAGAGUUCCCUUACCGACAAAAGAGUGGAAAAAGCAUUUAUGGCUUUGACACAGAAACGUUUUUCGGAGCGUGUACAGCCCGGCCUUAUGGCAGCUACUAUGUGUGGGAAUUCAUAUACAGCAUCGGUAUAUUUUGGGCUAAUCAGCCUGCUAAGCAAUGUGCAAAGCAAGGAGCUUAUGGGCAAGAGAGUUGUACUCUUUAGCUACGGGAGUGGCUUGGCCAGCAGCAUGUUUAGCCUCCGUGUUAAAGGUAAUACUGAUGAGAUGGUGAGCAAGUUGAACCUGAUUCAGCGGCUUGACGCUCGAAAGGCCGAGUCGCCCGAGUUCUAUGACGAGAUGUGCCGGCUUCGCGAAAAGGCAUACCAACAACGGAACUAUACCCCUCAAGGCAAUAUUGAAACUCUUGCCCCAGGUACUUAUUAUCUUGUGAAUGUCGAUGAAACAUUCAGGCGGACUUAUGCGACCGUGCCAUAA